AACGGAUCCGACGAAAUCCAGCCCGCCUCUUCCGCGCUUCCUCCGCUCUUCCCCGCCCCUUUUCAUAAACCCUGGUACCCCGUGGCGGUCUCCGGCGACAUUCCUCCGUCAAGUCAGACGUCCCGGCGGCGUGUCAAGACGAUUGGAGACCUCUUUUGGUUUGGUCGGGUGAAGAAGAAAGUUUUUUCUGAAAGAGUUGCUGAUACCAUUUGCGGUCUUGAGCCAAGCGUACUGGCGCAUUUUGAGUUAUGAGUUUUUCAUGCUUUACCUGCUCUGUGGUCUGGGUUGGUAAAAAUUGGAAGACACUAGCUUAUCCACAUACAUGUUGCCUGUUUUGCAAGUGAUUGCUUUUGUCUGAUAAGAUGUUAGUGAAAGGGAGAAAAGUUGCUGUUAGGGGAGAUGAAAUGGGUGCCCAUUAUGCGAUCGGCCCCCUUGAUGAUGAUGUAGUUAUAAAACACAGGCUUCUCACUCGAACCACAACGACAAGGGGUGAACCACCUAUAAAGAAGCUCCAGAAAAAGUUUGUGGCUUUUGCUCUUGAGAUUGACAAAGACUCAGAUAACUACAGCGACUGCGAUAGACUUUACAAAGCAUUUUUGCAGGAGAUGGCCACCUUUGAACUCCCUCUCCUUAAGAGCAAGGCAGUUAUUAGUGCAAAUCUUCGUGAAAAGGAUAAUUUUAAUGAACUGCAAGAAGAGAUAAACUGCCAAAUCUUGCAGGCUCAGGCUGACAUAGAAGAUCUGAAGAAACAACUUGAAGAGAGUAAGAUUGAGAGACAGCAUAAGGAGGAAUGUGAGGCAAUUCGAAGGUUAAUUUCAAUGCAGCCACCAAGAUCUGAGACACAAAAAUAUAUAUCAGAUCUUGAGAAGGAGAUAGCAGUUUUGGAGGCAGAGAACACGGCUGGUUCAAGAAUGUUGGACUUACGCAGAAAGCAGUUUGCUCUCUUACUCCAUGUGGUGGAUGAGUUGCAGAGCACCAUCGAUGAGGACCAAAAGAGUUUGGCGGAGGAGCUAAGAAAUGCUAUGGAAGAACAGAAGGUUUCUUUGGAAGAAACAAAUGAAGGCCCGGAAGCCAUGGCUGUUGACUAGUAUCUCAUCUAUCUCAAACUUGUCUCUUCCACAAGUCAGCAGAUGCUAUAACCUUUUUCUCAACUACCAUGCCUGAUUAUGCAGCUCUAAUGUUUGUAUACAUCACAUAAGAAAAAAGCAAAAGGGAAUAUGGAGUUGUUCAGUUUUGAGGAUUUGUUUUUUUUGUUUAAGAUUGAUCUCUCUUCAAUUUGUUAGGUCGCAUUUUUCUGAAAGCAUGCGCUACAUGAUCUUGUAACCUGUCUUCCUCGUAGAAUCGCUUUUUAUUCCUUCC